AUGAAGUUUCUCUUCGGUCUCUUCCUCGUACUCAGCUUCUGCUGCUCGAUCUGCUUUUCGAUGAAUCCGGGCCCGUCCUUGGGACAGGGAUCUGGUGGCUCCGUUACUCCCAGCUGGUGGGCGGAGUACCUGACCACCCACCAGCAAGGCGGUCAUGGAAGCAUCAUCACCGGGAGCCGUAUGAACCCAGCUGAAUAUGUGCGCUUUCGGAGGCGCAUGACGGCCCUCGACACCAUUCGCCAGCGGAUCCUCAGUCUACAAAACCUCCAGGCGAGCCCUGAGGCCGUGCGAGUCCUCGAUAAUCCAUUCAAUCCAUGGGGCCAAGAGCGCAUUCAGAUCCAGGGCGCCACCGUCACCUUGCAGAAUCCGCAUGACCUUGACAGGGUGGCCCUUCACUGGCAGCAGGAUGUCCUCAAGAUAGAUGCUAUCGAGAGACACAUCACCGAGCUGAUCAACACGGGUCGCAUUCGUUAA